AUGAACGCCUUUCUCUUGUUGACCCUUGUGGCUGGUGCAUUUGCUGCAUCAUGCAGACACGACGACCACACAACAUGGACUGAGACCCAAGUCAUUGACUUGGUAACUUCUCACAUGAACAGGGAUGGCGAUAACGUCAUCAGUGAACUCAACAUUGGUAUUGAAUUCGUCUUGAAGUACGACCAUAACUUCAGAAAUGGUGUGGAAUUACACGAAUUCACCAAACAAUGGGUUAAGACUUACCAUGAUGAAGUAGCCCUAGCUACCCACAUCUUCCAGCAUUUAGAUAUGGAUUCUUCUGGUAGUUUGGAUACUGAUGAUAUUGCUCCCCUUAUCGCUAGAGUUGAUACUAGUGGCGAUGGUUUAGUUCAAGUCAAUGAAUUCAAAGCUUACCUCAAGGCCAUUUACAAUGCCUGUUAA